UACCGGCCGCGCUUCUCACAUAGUCAGUGUCAACUCGACGACGGCUCGCACUUCAGCUCGCGCGAUGCGGCCACCUCGUGUCAUCUGCACGGCGCUUGUUCUUCUCCUCGGCGGCGCGGCGUCGUAUGUGAGCGGCACGCCGGAAAAGUCCCCUAUGUGGAACGAAACCUGGACCGAUCGGCUGAAGCAAGAUCUGUUCGUAAAAUACGACAAGUUCUCCCGGCCGAUGCAGCACUACAACACCACAGUGGUCAACUUCGACAUUACGAUUCUUCAUGUCGACGUGGAUGAAUUCAAGUCUUCUGUCACCAUCAACGGAUGGGCCUCCCACGCGUGGAUAGACGAGAAGCUCAAGUGGGACCCCGCCAAGUACGGCAACCUCCACCACAUUCAUGUAGGCAACCACGAAGUGUGGCAACCGGACAUCAUGUUGUACCACAGCGGCACCGCGAGCACCAUUGAGCAUUACGGCGACACGGCUUGCAUCAUCUACCACGACGGGCGGGUGCUGUGGGUGCCGCCCGCGCAAUUCGUCGGCCUCUGCGAGCUGGAUCUUCACCUGUGGCCUUUCGACACGCAGAUUUGCACCAUGACGUUCGGCUCUUGGACGUACCACGGCGAGCAGAUCGAUAUGCGUUUCAGCGAGUCCCAAGUCACCGAGGACCUGCACGUGAAGAACGCGGAGUGGAAGAUGGUCGACUUGACGAAGACGCGCAAGGCGGUGAAUUACGCUUGCUGCCCGGACCCGUACAUCAAUCUGAAUUUCAAGAUGACCUUAAAAAGAAACGCCGCGCUCUACUGCAGCGUACUGCUGAUGCCCGCCGCUGCCAUAGUCUUCCUGGUUCUGGUCACGUUCUGGCUACCGCCUCAAAGCGAGAUGAAGAUCAGCAUCGCGGCCUGUACUAUAUUAAUCAUCACCGUGUUUUUAGCCUACUUUGGCCUCAAGGUGCCAUUAACGGCGAACCCACCGCUCAUAGUUUACUUUUACAGCGGCUGCCUCUGCUUAGUGACGAUUUCCUUGGUACUGUCGAUACUGGUGAUCAACAUCACGAAGAGAACUUUCUGCAAACCACUCCCACGAAAUAUCAGACUGUGCCUGCUGAGUUGGCCCGGCAAGCUGUUGGGUCUUUCCGAUCAGAUAAACGUGAUUGAGUCACGACGACCUAUACCUGGUCAAGAGUUGCGCGGCAAACUCACGGAGGAAUCCACGACCAACUCGACGUCCAACAUCUCGGACGACGGCGAUCGGCAGAAUAUGAUCUCGCCGACGAAGAACAUCACGCAAUUGGAGUGGAUUCUGGCGGGCACGGCCAUCGAUCGCAUCGCUUUCGUGUUGUUCUGCUUAAUUCUAGCAACAAUGGCGAUAGUGUGCAUAAGUUAGUUCGUUAGACGAAUUUUUCUUUUUUCUCUUCCUCCCUCCCUCCCCCCUCUUUUUUUUAAUCGUCCUGGUACACAUCGAUAAUCUGAGAGAGAGAGAGAGAGAUAUAUAUAUAUAUAUAUAUAUAUAUAUAUAUAUACGUACACACGGCAUGUGUCAAUAAGUCGCAACUUGUCCGAUACAGUUUUAUUCCCGUAUAAAUAAACAACUCUCGUAGAAUAUACAAAAUGCAAAGUAUACAUAUAUAAACAUGUUCUCGAUCGGGCGGCAUUUAUCUUCGGGCACGUUAGGUGUUGGUUAAGAAUGCUGACAAACUGUAUUAAAAGUUGGCCGAAGGUAAUACGUCAAAAUGACGUCGUCUCGACGAAAGUUGUCGAUUCCAAAUUUACGUUGGAAAUUCCGGCAUUUUCGAGCAACAAAAAAUGACGUAUAUAAGGAGUCAGGUGAUAAAUGUAAACGUCGAGCACCCAGAUGACAUCGAAAUAAUAUUGAUUUGAUCUCUGAACAGAGACUUUGAAAAAUAUAAAAUUUUAUGGAAAAUGUAUACACACAAACUAUUGACAAAAUAUAUCAAACUCCCAUGAAGACGUCACAGCUUUGUUGUUCAAAAAUACUGAAACUUCUUGACUCGGAUCCUCAAUCGCCAAUUUCCAACAUUAACGACGUCGAAAUGACGUCAGUUCGAUGAAUCACCUUUGAACGGGGUAGAAUUUCUAAUUUAGUCGGUUCGAAGGAUACGCACGUUGAAAAAGUCAAGGAUAUGUCUCUAUGCGGAUGCGGGGUCGAAGCUUCGCGCUUCCACACGAAAUUAGCACGGGAAUCCGGGAAACGAUAAACGCGGUCCUGAUUGCCGACAAAAGUACUUUAUGCGAAAUCAUCUCAGCAUCGUGUCGAGAAUACAUUUUAGCUCGCGGUCAUUUGUAUACAUCUUUCGUAAACAAACACGAUUAAAGUACAUUUAUGAUAUACUAUCAUAUACACACGAUACGAUAUGAUAUAAUACUAUAUAUAAAAAGGUCGUAUCAAAAGUGACUCUUCACACGCUCUUCUUGAAUCUCGCUCCCGAUAUUUCGCAAAGUCGCUCGCCCGAUCACACUCACACACACACACACACACACACACACACACACACACACGCCGUGCUCUUACAUAGCUCGCACGAUCGCAAGAUCGGUCUGACAGUCUUGGGUAAAUCGUUUGGAUAUGACAAGAGAGAUAAGACAAAUAUACGCGUAGAAAAGCUUAGCACUACUGUAGUAGCUGGUCGUGUAUUCACCAUUCACGCUGGCGUUAAAAGCAAGAAAAACACAA